GUUUUCUGUCCAUGGAUAGCAGCUGCUUUAGCAGUGUCCUCGUUCAUCUGCACCACUAAAGGUAUAGCAGUUAUCUGGUUUCAUUAUUUAUUUCAGUGUUUUGGAAUGUUGUUGGCAAUAACUGAUAACACUGCUAACAAUAUAGUUAAGAAAAAAGUGUUAUUCUCUGGUAAAUUCCCGGCAUAUCUUGAUACACGUAAAGGAUGGAGUAGGAUGAUUCAAGCAAUAGGACUGAUAAUGAGAAUGAAUGAUGAGAGAUGUAGAAUUGGUAGUUAUUGGUAUUAUAGUGUGCAUUUUUCAAAAAGUACAUCUUUUCUUGAUUUGGAGACAAGCCGCCGAUAUUGCGCCCAUUAUGGCAUCGAUGGCAAAGGUCAGGGGUUUCUAGAUCAAUGUUGGGCGGAGAAGGGCGAGAGGGGAGCUAAAUUUGGAUUGUGUUUUUCUCUGCUAAUAUCAUAA